AUGUGUGGUAAACAACAAUUCGAAGAUGAACGUUUAAUUAAAAUUAAUGAGCACAAAUACAGUUGCAUCCAAUCUCCUGAUGCUAUACAGUUGUCGAAAUAUCCUUAUAAUGUUAUCGGGCUUCAAAAUACUACCUUUUCAAAGGUUUUGACAAAGUUGGACCUUUUCUUGGCUAUCUUAAAUUUAUUUUUUCCUGAAAAAUUAAUCUCAUCUUUAUUGAUGAUAAAUAUACCGGAUUUGAUCCUAGAGCAAAUUUUUAUUUAUUUGAAUUGGAAUGAACGUUCGCGAGCUGCUCGUGUGUGCAAAAAGUGGUAUUCUGCAUUUCAAUCUCCUGUUUUGUGGAGAAAAAUUGUUUUUAAGCCACCAUGUCGUCGACUUACAAAACUUCAGUAUGAUAUUAAAGGCUAUCGUCUAUCCUGUUGCUUAAAAGCCAUUGGUUGUCAUAUUCGCACUUACAAGUUUUUGAAAACUGAUGACUUAUUCCUGCUUAAUCGAACGUUAAAUCUUGUUGCAAAGUUCCUUGAAUACAAUUUCAAAUUAGGAAUGCAUAAAAAUAAACCUAAUUAUGUGUGCAAUUCAGAUGGCGACGAAUCUAGUGAUCCAUCGACCGAAACCGGAGACUUAUCGUGUUAUAAAGAUCUGAACCAUAAUGUAAUGCAUGAAAUAAACUAUGGACUUGCUGGUUUUAUUAUUGAAGGUGACCCAGAUGCCGAAGCUACUCUCAGGUUAAUCUUUGAGUUACAAGAGUCUGAAAUUCAUGAUUUUACGUCUGAUUUAUCUUCUGAAGAUAGUCAAGCUGAUUUCUUCAAUGAAUCCGAGCAGUUUCACUCACACAGAAUAUCUUCCAUUAGCUAUCCUCCAUCUCAUCGUUAUGAUUGUGAUAGCUUCAAACGCAGUAAAAGCUCUCAGUAUCCCUCAUUUGUGUCGAAUUUUCCAGCUUUUCACAAUCCACCUAUUGUCCAUUCUUUUGAAUUAGAUUUUAAUUCUGAAGUUGACGAUUUGCGUGGUCUUGUUUAUGGAACUGGAGGUGGAUUGUUGAAAUCGAUUAGCCGAGUGAUACGUCAAUUAAAUGAGCUUCAUCGUCUUCGGCUAGUGGAUCUUUUCCUUGCGUCCGAUGACGCUAGGCAGUUAGUUUUUGAAAUAAGCAGUGUUGCUUCACAUUGUCUGACUGAUCUCAAUCUUGUCCACUUCUAUAAGUCAUCUGUUAAUGCUCUAACUGCUAAUAUUAUUUCUGGUGAAUAUCAAAAUGCUGACAAUGCUUCAAACGACAAUAGCUAUCUAAGUUUGGAUGGAGAUUGGUACUUCUUGGAUCCUCGUUGGCUUAGCGCUAGACCUCAACCGACCAGUGAUAAUCCUUUAUGUGAUUUGUCUAGUCUUUUUCCUAAAAUAACACGUCUCACUUUGAGUCCAACUCAGUUGACUGGUCCAAUGCUUCUUCGACUUUUGUACCAAACUUCGUUACGCGAAUUAUUUUUAGUUCAAACUGAUUUGACUGUAUUCACUAUACCACGUUCUAAAAACCCCUCUCUUGUUCAACGAACUAUUUCUUAUGAUUCUAAUGAUUUAAAUAUAAGAUUUAAUGAGAAUCGAAAUUUUGAUCCUUGUGAUUCAAGUAUGCUAGAUUUGAUUGAUUGGACUGCAGAUGUCCCACAUGCUCGAAGAUAUGGAACUAGUCAAGAGGCAACAUCUGGUUGGAAACCGAUACCUGCAUACAUGUGGCGUGCUGCUAGUACUCUUCGUCCACGUUUCACCGUUCAUUUGAAGUUGGAAUUGGUUGAAGAAUUAACUCGCUUACGAUGGAAAAGUUCUUCAUCAUCUGAUAAAUCAAACUCAAUUCGUAAUUUACUAUCGUACUGGCCUGUUCCUCCUGCACCUGUAACUUCAAUCACACUGAUUCUAACUGGGGAACCGACAUUUGUGGCUAGUUUAUUGAGUCCGAAAAAUCCAAUCAACCCUAUAUUUUAUUCAGAAUCACUUACAUCAUUGAUAAUAUCAUUAGAGCAUAUACCUUCUGAAUUGAAUGUGUCCGGUUCAAUUAAACAAUUGAAUGAGUUAUAUGAAGAUGAUAAUUUAUAUGGAUUAGAUCAUAUUCUACAUGAAUUGAUUAUGUCUUGUCCACAUAUUAAUCUAUUAGCCCUUGGUGGUUCAAGUGUUUAUGUGCAUAUUUUAACUUUAUUGUUAAUAUGUCAUUGUCGUAAAUACAAUCCAUUACAACUACUUAUCCAAGAAGAAUGUUGUCAGUUUGAAGGUGUUUGUCCAUUGACUGUUCCAGGUGCAUUCUCUGAUUGGUAUAAUAGUAUGUUGACUGAACCGAUAUCGUCCAGAUCGAGAAUGGCAGAGUCUCUCAUUUGUACAGCAUUAGAUCGACGUCGAUGGCAUUUCUUAACGAACUCAGAAUUUCGUAAUCAACUUAGGAGUUAUUUAUUAUGA